AACUACAGUGUAGUUUAUCACGAACUAACAUGCCUGAACCAGCGAAGUCUGCUCCUAAGAAGGGCUCAAAGAAGGCCGUCACCAAGACCGCCGGCAAAGGAGGAAAGAAGCGCAAGAGGUCCAGGAAGGAGAGCUAUGCUAUCUACGUCUACAAAGUGUUGAAGCAGGUUCAUCCUGAUACUGGCAUCUCUUCUAAGGCGAUGGGAAUCAUGAAUUCUUUCGUCAACGACAUUUUUGAGCGUAUCGCCGGUGAAGCUUCUCGUCUCGCUCACUACAACAAGCGCUCCACCAUCACAUCUAGAGAGAUCCAGACCGCCGUGCGUCUGCUGCUGCCCGGUGAGCUGGCCAAACACGCCGUGUCUGAGGGCACAAAGGCCGUGACCAAAUACACCAGCUCUAAAUGAGGCGUGAACUGAUCUCAACUACCCUAACGGCUCUUUUAAGAGCCACCCAUGUUUUCAAUUAAAGAGCUUUUCGUGUUGUGAUAUUCGAGAGUGUUUUUAGUACUCUGGACGAGUUUUAUUCUAUAAAAAUAAUUAUAUAUUUUUAUGAACUCACAAAUAAGACGUUAACGCUGUUCUAUGUUUGGGUUUAAUGCAUAAUCGCUGCAGGACAGAACACAUG